GGAGGAGUUAAAAAGAAAAUGAAAGAGAGAGAGAAAUAAGCAUCUAAUCAUUUGCCAGCUCCUUGCUUUUAUCGAUUCAUCAACAUAUCCGCCGGAAUAUCCCUUAUCCACAUAAACUAACACCAUGAGUUGGUGGUGGGCCGGAGCUAUCGGAGCAGCCAAGAAAAAGCUAGAUGCUGACGUUGAUGACGCACCACCAAAAUACCAAAGCGUUGGUCUAGUAAUUGGUGUCACCGGAAUAGUCGGCAACAGCCUCGCCGAAAUCCUGCCACUCUCCGACACCCCCGGCGGUCCAUGGAAGGUUUACGGUGUCGCCCGCCGUCCCCGUCCACAAUGGAACGCCGACCACCCUGUCGAAUACAUCCAGUGUGACAUCUCAGAUCCAAACGAAACCAAAGCAAAACUUAGUAAUCUUGAUGACGUCACGCAUCUGUUCUACGUCACUUGGGCUAACAGAUCUACUGAAUCUGAAAACUGCGAAAUAAAUGGGGCAAUGUUUAAGAAUGUUGUUGAUGUAGUCAUUCCUAAUUGUCCUAAUUUACAACAUAUUUCGUUACAAACGGGCCGAAAACAUUACAUAGGUUCUUUUGAUUCUGGAUUCAAACAAGCCCAUGAUCCCCCUUAUCAUGAAGAUUUACCUAGGCUUAAUGAGCCUAACUUUUAUUAUACUUUAGAAGACAUUUUAUUUGAAUCUGUUAAACAAAAGGAAGGAUUAACUUGGUCUGUUCAUAGACCAGGAAUAAUCUUUGGUUUUUCGCCUUUUAGUAUGAUGAAUAUAAUUGGGGUUUUAUGUGUUUACGCGACUAUUUGUAAACACCAAGGGUUACCCUUUAAGUUUCCUGGAGCUAAAGAAGCUUGGGAUCGGUAUUCGGAUGCUUCUGAUGCUGAUUUAAUAGCUGAACAACAUAUUUGGGCCGCGGUCGAGCCUAAUGCCAAAAAUGAAGCGUUUAACACAAGUAAUGGUGACAUAUAUAAGUGGAAGCAUUUUUGGAAAGUGUUGGCUGACCAGUUUGAAGUCGAGAAUGGCGGGUUUGAUGAGAGUUUGGGGGGAAUGAGUCUGCAAGAGAUGAUGAAGGAUAAAGGGGGUGUUUGGGAUGAGAUUGUGAAAGAAAAGGGAUUGACGCCUACGAAAUUGGAAGACGUUGCGCCGUGGUGGUUUGUGGAUGCGGUUCUUAGUGUUGAGAAUAUGUUGGAUACCAUGAACAAGAGUAAAGAAUAUGGGUUCCUGGGGUUUAGGAAUUCUAAGUCUUCUUUGAUUUCAUGGAUUGAUAAGAUGAAAGGCUACAAGAUUGUUCCUUAAGAUUAUUGGCAAUAAUAUUUGUUCCUGGUUAAUGAUUUUAUGUUUGUUGUCCUCUCUUAAAAGAUGUUUACAGUUUCGAUGAUUUAUCAUGUCAUCUUGUAUGUUUUAGUAGAAUGAAUAAAAGUUGUUUGAUUUUUGCAUUUA